GGUAAGGUUGGUGCUGAUCGCCCUGCUAGUCUUUUUCUUAAUGUUAGUUCGCAGAAUGGAGUUUUGUUCAGAACAGUGGUAGAUAUGGCGACAGGUCAGCUCUCUGAUGUUCAUUCCCGAUCCUUAGGACUGAGAGCCCCAAAGAUAUUCUGUGUCAUUGUGAGAGGCCAACGUGCAAUGCUAUGCUUGUCAAGCCACCCUCGGCUUGGCUAUAUUCACCGAGGGCAUUUUCUGUUGACACCGCUUUCUUAUGAGACAGUUGAAUUUGCUGCAUCAUUUUCAUCUGAUCAGUGUGCUGAAGGUGUAGUGGUUGCUGCUGCUGGGGAUGCGUUGAGGAUCUUCACUAUUGAAAGACUGGGUGAAAUAUUUAAUGAAACUGUGAUUCCUUUAAGGUAUACACCAAGAAGGUUUGUUCUUCAACCCAAGCAAAAAUUAUUGGUAAUUAUUGAGAGUGAUCAAGGAGGAUUUGCAACGAAAGAGCGUGAAGCCGCUAAAAAGGAAUGCUUUGAGGCUGCUGAAGCAGAGGAGUUAAGGAACUUUAAUGUAAACCUGCAGUUGGAAAAUUCUGAAUUGGCAGAAAGGUUAGAAGCCAUUCAAGCCUUUGCAAGUUUUGUUUUGAAAUGUCCAAAGGUAGAAGUAAGGAAACUGAACCACAAUUCAAGACACGAAAAUGAAGAUUUGCCAAAGAAAUUGGGCAACUCCAAACAAAUCAAUGCGAGCUGAUGUAGAGAGCCAGUCUAUCUUCAGCAGCUUAAUGUUCACCUGCGCCAUGAGCUGAGAAAUUAACAGCCUGGUGGCUCAACUGCAUGUAAAGGAACUAUUGCAUUCGCUCAGCAGCGGCCCUCACUAUUGGACUUUCUCCAGCACAGCGAAUUUUGGAAAGCCAGAGGACUCUUACAAGCUAAUUCCAUGGAUGUGCAAGCGACUUAUGAAGUCAAUUCCAGGGAGUUGCUGUUUGUUGACGCCUAUCACUUGAGUGGGCCACAUAAAGACACUUUGUUGUCUGCAUCUGCCUUAGAUGCAGAUGAUGACUAAUAUCCUCUAGCUUAUGGGUUGGUUAAUACUCAUAAUGAAGAAAACUGGUUGUGGUUCCUAGAGCAUCUGAAGUCUUACUGAUGAAUCGUCAUGUGGUUCUAAUUUCAUAUAGGAACCCAAGCUUUCUUUCAGCAACUAACAAAGUAUUUGG